AUUAACACAUGUUCCGUCCAGCUCUAAUGGCAAUUAGGAAAAUAGUUAAAUUGCAGCUUAUUUUGUAAUUCCUGUGAAAUAAAUUAUUGAAAAAAUCAAUUCGUAAAACUGUUAAAUACGUUCGGCUAUAGGAUUGGAUAAUAGGUGUAAGGAUUUGGAGUUGGAAAUGGAAGACAACGAAGAUUACGAUGAUGACGAUUAAUCCCAUCAUCAUCAAGGAAGAACCACUCGACGAUAUCGACGACGACGCUGGACUUGACGACAAUUUCCCAAAUGUGGUAAUUUCUCACGUCAAAUCUGACUUCGAUGGUCCCCCCACUUGCCAAAUUUGCCACAAAGUGUUCGCCACCCCUCAUUCGCUACGCCUCUAUCGGACCAGGACUCAUAAUUCUGCCCCCGUCUCCACCCCCUGCAAAAUUUGCGGAAAACCUGAAUUCGUUUCUGAAGGUAGGAAACGACACCACGAAACCACCCACCUCGGUCGGGCCGAACUAAUCGAGAAGGGGAUAACCCACUACGUCUGCUGUUUCUGCGAGGACGUCUUCCUCCACAGAUUAUCUUUGGAGGCGCACAGCCAUAAGCACACCCGGCUCCGCCCCUAUUUCUGCCCCACCUGCCCGAAAUCUUACACUGAUCCCACCAGCCUCAAAGUCCACCUCUUAAAAGCCCACACCUCCUCCCUCUCCCACAUCCGGUCGAGCUGGAAGUACCCCUGUCCCAUCUGCCACACCAAGUUCCGCGCCCCCUCCGACCUCGCCAUCCACCUCCCCCGCCACUCCUCCGCGAAAACGUUCCUCUGCCACAGUUGCGACAAGGCGUUCAAAUUCCGCCCCGAACUCGGCGCCCACCUCAAACUGCACGACGACGUGUGCCCCUACGCCUGUCACUUGUGCGACCACCGCUCCACUUCCGGUUGGAAGCUGAAGCAGCACUUGUUGUCCCACUCGACGGAACGCACCGUCAAGUGUGACCUCUGCUCGGCGGCGUUCAAACAGGCGAGCACGCUCCGAAAGCAUGUCAAAGCGAACCACGACGCCACCACGGACCGGAAGCCAAUCGUGUGUCCCACCUGCGGCAAAUGCUUCACGACAAAAGAUGGCCUGCAGAAGCACGCGAUUCUCCACAAUCUGGACGAGUCGCCCUUCUCGUGCGCCACGUGCGGCAAGAAGCUCGCCGACCAGAAGAGACUGACCAGCCAUGAGGCGACCCACCUCGGUCAGCGCGACUGCUUCCCCUGCGCAUGGCCGGGAUGUGGGAGGACGUACACGGAGAAAGCGAACUUGAAGCGGCACAUGCGGGCGGUUCACGAGGAGGUGAAGCGGACUUGUCCAGUGGCGGGGUGUGGGAGGCAGUUUACUAAUUGGAACGGGGUGAAGUAUCACAAACUGGUGGAGCAUGGGGUGGGGGCUGGGAAACCGUGUGGGGUUGCGGGGUGUGAGAGGUCGUUCCCGACGAUGGGGGCGUUGAAGGGCACAGGACGGCGGUGCAUGGACUGGCGGAUUUGGAGCGGUGUCCGAUCAAGAAGUGUUUCUCCAGGUUGGCGACGACGGCUGGGAUGGUGGCGCAUGUGAAGGGGAAGCAUGGCGUGGACGUGGUGUACGAUGAGGCGAGCAAGACGUGGGUGGAGGGAAAGGAGGGAUAAGGAGAGGAAAUGAGAUAUGUACUUAUCAUGGGGUGUUUCGGGUAAAGAUUAUUAAAAAAUGGUGAUAGUUUUGGUACAUAAAAAGUAAUUAUAUGUAUAUUUAGACUGAUUCCUUAAUUAAUAAUUAAAUUAAGUAUGAUUUUUACUAC